AUGACUGUGACGCUUGACAACAGUGCACCUCCCAGCCAGGACUCAGUCCCACAGCUCCGUAUAGCCAUCGUCGGCGCCGGGCUGGUCGGCAGUGCAGCCAUCGUGGGACUUUCCAAGCUCCCCAACACCUCCGUCGUGGCGUUUGAGAAAGCUCCCGACCCGCGCGAAGGUGGCGCUUGGAUCAGCCUGACCUCGUCGGCAUUCCAAGCGCUCGCCAACCUCGUUCCCCUGUCCGAUAUCAACAACAUCGUGUACCGUCCCGUCCAGGGGGGCGACUACCAGCACCGCCACUGGAGGACGGGCGAACUCAUGCACGGAGCCAAGACCAGCCCGCACAUUCGUCCCGAGUUUGCGGCGGCACGCACCACCCGCCCGACGCUACAUGCCACGAUCUUGAAGCGCUGCCCGCCCGACACGAUUCGCUACGGCCACCGCGUCACCGGGGUGCAGAUCCAGGACGACGGCCGCGCGCGCCUCGACUUUGACAAUGGAGACGACGAGGGCGACUUUGACCUCGUUGUUGCCGCCGACGGGCUUUACUCGCCCAUCAGGCGUAAAUACCACCCCAACGACUCUGUAAAGUACCAGGGCGUCGCGGCGUACCGCUCCGUGUUCCCCAAGGAGCGCCUUGCGCCAGUCGCGCACCUUCUGAACCCCGACACGUCGGUUUGGUGGGGGCCAGGAGGGGAGAUGAUCUUUCUCUCCGAGCUCGGGUUGGGCACCUACGGCAUCAUCGUCAUCCUACGUGAUGAAGAGGAGGUCGCCAAGAGCCUGCGCUGGGAGUCGGAGCAUACACUGCUCGACAAGCUGAGGACGCACUUCGCCAAGUGGGACCCCGUCGUGCCGGCGGUCCUCGAUCUCCUCCCAGAUAUCCAGGCCUUGCCCCUCGAAUCGGGCCCGUGGCUUGAAUCGCUGACACAGGACGGACGUGUCGUGUUCGUCGGCGACGCCGCGCAUCCCACCGCCGGUGCGUACGGUGCCGGUGCAGGCAUGGGCUACGCGGACGCGUGGGGUCUGUACUGCGCCCUCUCGGGUAUGAGUACAGGUCAAGGCACUGGCACAAGCUACGACGUGCCGGCUGCGCUUCAGGUAUUCGACAAAGCCCGGCUACCGUUCCUCCACCGCGUCGCGAAGCAGUUUGUCGUCGACGAAAUCAACGGCAAGUACAUCGCCGCUGCCAAAGGAGACGAAGAGGAGUGGAUCAAGAGAUUCAAGGAGACAGCCCCCGCCCGUAUUAAGUGGCUGGUGGAGCACGACGUGGAGCUCGAGGUCAUCAAGCAGCUCGGGGAGAAGUCUUUCACAUAG